CCUGGCUGUUGUAUGAUGUGUAUUCAGUCGGUUUGCUACAAUCAAACGAACCGAACAUUUUCUUUUGAAACGGUGAUACUCUGGUUCAGUUCAAUGCGAACGUGAGAACGGUGUGGACGUGCCAAAAAUACUACGCGGAACAUCGUAAUAAUAAAUAACAAACAGAAAAGAAAGAAAAUUGUAUAUGAACUGUAGUACUAAAGACAAGCCAACCCACAAGAAGCAAAAGUCAGCCAGCCAACUAAAGAAAAAAUAUAUCAACAACAACACAUUUAUAUAUGAUACAAUACAACAAUGCAAAAAAAUUAAUUUCAUUAAUUAAUUAUGAUAUUUUAAUUUCUGUAACAAAGCAAAUAAAGAAAAAAAAAAACAAAUUAGUGCAAUUAUUAUGAAAUGAAAAUUAUUAUUUCUUUUUUUGAAACAAAACAAAAACUCACAAUAUAAUUGCCAAUUGAAAAAAAAAACUAAAAUUUACAAAAUAAAAACUUUCCCCAAAAACUAAGUUAAAGCUUAUAGAAAUUUCAAAAGUCCUGGAUUAUUUUGAAUAUUUCUGCUUUACAAAACAAAAAAUAUAAAUCUGGUUCCUUUCCCAAGCAUAUUUGAAAAAUCUCUAAACUUUUUAAAAGUUUUAUGCCAUUCUCAGAAAAAAAUUGUGUUUUUUUUUUAAUCUCAGAAAUUAUAAUUAUUGUGAAAACAAUUAAAUCAAACUUCUGUUGAACUGUGAUUUUCUGCAAAACACACAAAAAUCUCAGCAAUAAUUGUUAAGCAAAACAAAAGAAAAGAAAAAACAUCACUUUGUGUGUUGAAAAAUUAUUUUUUUUUUAUAAGAAAUUGUGGUUUACCUUGCAUUAACAACAAUCACUUAAUAACAAAAGCAACAAAAACAAGCAUUAUUAUCAUCACACCAACAACCACAAAAACUUUGUGGAAGAGAAGAAAAGAAAAAUCUCAAAACAAAAGCAAAAAACCAACAACAUAAGCAUAAAAAUUGCGUUUGUGACUUUGCAAAAAUUUGUUUAAAAAAAAAUCGCUCACAAACAAACAUACAACCAAUCUCAUACAAAGUGGAAAAACCAGUUAAUAAUUUUAGUGCUCUUAAAAGUGUAGGACAAACAUUUGGGGAUAACCCUUAGCAAAAACAAAACAAAAAAAAACCCCUUUAUUGAACUUAAAAAUUCCUCGAUUUCAUCUCGUAGAUACCCUAACAUCAAAGGCUAUCGAUAACAGCAGCAACAAAAACAACCAAUACAACGGUUAACAGCGUCAAGGUAUUUCCCCUAUUGAGUGAGUGACGUUACAAAUUAAAAAUCAUCACGAACCAAAAAGUCCCAGCACCAUCAUCACAACAACAAUAUUAAUACGAGUAAGCAUACAAGAACAGUGUCGUCGUCGUCGUCAUUACUGUUGGCAUUAAAACGAAAUUAUAACAACAAGAACAACAGCAGUAGUGUGUGGCGAAAAAAAAAGAAACGCAAACUCAACACACUUUACAAACAAUUAUCAAUCAUUAAGCAAAAGAGAGCCUACUACAAAGUGAGUGAGUGAAUGAGUGUGAGAGUGCCAGAAGAGUGACAACCACUUGGCAGCAACCUACCAAAUAACCCAACAAGCAAGAGAGCAAUCUCAAAAUCAACUCUUGAAAAGUAAGAAGAAAAAACAAAACAACAGACCCAUAGACAGGCAGAGAGAGAAAGUGUGGUGAUAAACCAAGCCAUCUAGCAAGCGACCCCAAACAAGAGUAAAAUUUAUAACGGUUUCCCAAAGCACACACACCUUACCUCACACCAAACGCCAGCAGCAAGCAGCAGCAGCCCAUCAACGUUUGGGGGUACAAACAAAAGAAAGGCAAAAAAAAAACAAUACAAACCCCAAAGUCUUUUUUUACAAGUGCAAACGGCCGGAACAACAAAGACACUUAACUUAGACCCCACACAAAACAAAAAAAAACCCAACACCCCACCCCCUCCCACCAACAACAACAACAACAACCAACAAAGUAACAAAAACACCAAAAUGACCUUGCCCAGCAUAACGCCCAACAAUCAAUGUGACGAUGAUUCCGAUAUGUUUGGACCACCACGUACCUCACCACCCAUUGGCUAUCAUCAUCAUCGAUCGCGUGUGCCCAUGAUUUCGCCCAAGCUGCGUCAGCGCGAGGAACGCAAACGCAUACUGCAGCUGUGUGCCCACAAAUUGGAACGCAUUAAGGACUCGGAAACCAAUUUGAGACGCAGUGUAUGCAUUAACAACACCUAUUGUCGUCUAACCGAUGAAUUGAGACGUGAAAAACAAUCCCGCUAUUUGGCCAACUUACCAAGAACUGAAAACAAACCCGAAUCGGCCCGCGACAAUAUCUUCAAUCCCUACAAUAGCUGCAGUCUGGAUCAGCCAUUGAGUAAAGCACAGCAGCAACAAAAUGAAAACUCUCAACUUCAACAAAAUUCCAUGCAAAAAACUGAAAAUUCAUUCAACUCGUCAUCGUCUUCGUCUUCAGCCAACGCCAUUGCAUCUCCCUUAGCCUGUAGUCAACAAAAUAACAACCACAAUUCCAUGUCCUCCUCAUCAUCAUUACACCAUCAUCACCACCAUCAUCACAAUGGCCACAAUUCGGAUACUUUAGGCAGCUGUCAUCUCAGUGAAAUGAAUGGCAGCAGCAAUCCAUUGAACUCGCAUUAUUCACCAUCAAUUGCCAAUAAUGCCAAUCACAACAACAGCGCCAACUCCAAUUCCAAUACCACCGUACCCAUGCGCAAGCGUUGCUCGUCCUCCAAUAACAUUGAUAAAGAUCUUGAAAUACUCGAUCGUGAAUUGAGUGCCAUCAAUUCACCUAUGCCCAUGAUUGAUCCGGAAAUUACCCAAGGUGCUGAACAAUUAGAGAAGGCCUUGUCGUCGCGCAAACGUCAACGCAGUGAAGACGAAAGUGAUCGCUUGGUGCGUGAGGCUUUGACACAAUUCUAUAUACCGCCACAACGUUUAAUAUCGGCAAUCGAUGAUUGCCCCUUGGAUAUGGUCAAUGUGGGUAGCCUCUCACCCAAAAGGCCAAAAAUGUCUGGGGGGCCCAAUGAUUUGGAUUUGGAAUUCGAUAUGAAUCAAAAUCAAAAGGAUUUCGAAGUUAUAAUGGAUGCUUUACGCUUGGGCUCACCAAGUCCCACGCCCAGUGUGGGUAGUGAUAGUUGUGGCCAGGCGGCCAUGAUGAGCGAAUCGGCUAAUGUUUUUCAUAAUUUGGUGGUAACCUCGUUGGAAACAUGAAAAUUCCAGUAAAAACAAAGGCGAUGAAAAAAAAAACAGCGAAUACUACUAGUUAUAAACGAAAAGAAAAAGAAGAAGCGAAAGCCAGAGAGCGAGAGAGAAAAGGCGUCAGGAGAAAGCAAAUCAAAUUUGCUGCCAACCUUUUUCCUUUUUACUAUGCUUGUAUGGAUAGUUAAUUUUCUCCCUUGCAAACACUUUGGAAAAUUACAUAAAGAAUUCUUUAAACAUUUUUUGUAAAAAAAAGCAAAAAUUUAAACACAAAAAUGUGAGAGAUUUUUUUUGCAUAAUUUUUUUCCUAGAACCAUAAUUUCCACCUACCAACCAACCAACCAAACCCAAAACAUUUGUACAUUCUCUUUGUUUGUAUUACAACACUUAAAGAUUACAAAAAAAAACGAAAAAAAUACCUACCCCUUAAACAUAUUUAGUAAAAAAAACUCUAAAAAUAUUAUUAUUAGCCUAAGAGAUUUGUAGUAAAAAUCAAGUUUAAAAAUUAUAUACUUAAACGCUUCAAUUUUUAUAUAGCAAAAACAAAAAUCAACACUUUAUUACAUAAAAAAACACAAACCGCGCUUCAUAUACUAUGUAUGUAUGUAUAUUGUACAGACAAUUGUACUUGUAUAAGUUUCUAUAAAUUAGUUUAAAUGCCAACAAACACACACACACAUAUAUGUAUAUAUAUAUAUACAUAUAAAGCCUACAUUUAAGAUUUGCUAAAGAAAGAUAAAAACCCACACAACAAAAAUUUUUACUAAUAAUCAAAGAAUUUAUAGUCAAAACACAACAACUAUAAAAUGGGAAAAACCAACUAAGAAAUGAAAAUUAAACUUUUUCUAAAGGAUAAUCCUAAAAACCCGCGUUUAAAAAAAAAUACUCUCAAGAAACUGUUAGAAACAACUCUGUUUUUUCUUUAAGUUCCAAUAAGCAGCUUUGUAAGACAAAACAAACAAACAAAACACCUCCAAGAAAAAACACAACUAAUUUAAACAGUUUCCUAGUCACCUUAAACUCACCUUUAAACAGCAACACAAACACAACAACAAUAGUUAUUGUUUUCUUUAACCUAACUUCGCAAGAAAAACUAUGUAAAAAACAAACGCUAGCUAAAACCAUAAAAUAGAAGGUUUCACUUUUUCUAAAGCAAUUGUCAACACUGAUUUAUUGCAUCAUAGCAACAGCAGGCGUGUUGCCAGUGUCAAUGGCUAACUCUUGCAUACACACAAAUACCGCAAGCACAGUGUUGUAUGUUCUACUCUUGUUUUGUGACACCUGUAACCGUUAGGCCUCUCUCGCAUUCACUGAUAUUCUAAAUGAGUAGUAUAGAGCAGAGAGGUGGCUUAAGCUCUCUCUUUCUCUUGCAUAUACUGAUAUCUUGAAUGUGUGCGAUACAAAGCAGAGAGACAAAUACGGCAACUCUUUCUGUUCUACUCCACACCUACAACCAUUUGCCUAUAAGGCUGUUUUUGUUGUAUUUGUUCGAGGAUAAAGAUCAAAAAAUAAAUAAAAGAUAUCGAAAUUUUUUUCGUUUGUAGAUAAUCAAUGAAAAUAAGAGCAAAAACAUUUCUGGCAAUUUGAUAAACAGUAUUUCACAAAAAGAAAAUCUCAAUACCAUACAAAAAGAAAACAUUUUUGGUUUUGUUUUUUGUUUUGAAAAAAGUGCAAUUAGUAUUUGGAGUAAAAUUCAAGUAAAUGUAACAAUUAAAAGCCUCAACAAACAUACAAUUUUUUUGUUGCAAAUUAAAGAAAAAUAAUAUAGAACAACAAAAGUAAAACAAAAACAUAUUAAGAAGAAAUUACACAACAACAACAACAUGAAAACCGACAACAACAACAACCACAACAACAACAAAGAGUAAAAAAAUAAAAUUUUUUGGAACAUUUGUAGUAAUUUAUUAAGAAUUUAGAAAUUGUUUAUUUUCAAAAUAUGGCUGUGAUAGUAAUUUAAGUUCAUAAUUUUAAGCAUACAAAAACAAAACAGAAACAACAACAACAAACAAACAACUCAUAUUAAAAGAAAUCCCCAAAAAUCCCACAAAAUUUUGGACACAAAAACAACAAAUAGACAACAACAAAAACAGCUGAAACACAACCACAACAACUAAAAAACAUUAUUAACAAAAAGAAAGUAGUAGUAUAAAAUUUACAUUAUAUAUAAAAAAUAAAUAAAAUCGACAAAAACAAAAAACCAAGUACAUUAUAACAUUUACAUACAUACAUUAAUAUGCUUUAAAAUGACAAAACAACAAAACAAAAUUGCAAAAAAAAAAUGAAAAAAAUAUUAUAAAAUUUUUUUAUUUCUUUAUUUGCCUCAGGAUUUUUUUCUUUUAGGUUUGGCUUAGAAAAAUCUUUACGGACUAUUGUUCCAAAAUUUUUGCAUUCUUUCUUUUUGUUUCUUUUUUUAAAUGUUACAAACUUGAAAAAAUUAAAUUUGUUUUGUUUUUUUUAGUUUAAUUUUGUUGCUGCCUUAUAUCAAGAAAAGAAAAAUUUAUUUCGAAAAAACUCACAAUUGUUGAAAACUUUUACAGAAAUCCAAAAAAAAAGAAUUUCUUUUCGCUUUUUAUCUUUUGUUAAUAUAUUUUUAAUAAUUUUAAAUUACAAAAAAAAAACACAAAAUUGAAAAAAUUACUUUAUUGAAAAAAAGGCAAGGAGAAAAGCAAAACACCCCACAUUUGUAUAUUAAAAACAAAAAAAAAAAGAAAAAA